CAUGGUAACAAUUACGAGUUGCAUGUGCUGUUGGGGUAAUAGAUUAAAAUAAUUUUUGUUGAGGCCUUAAACAGAUCAAUAAGGGAAAGGUAAUUCAAUCUGAUCACGCGAUAUGGCAGACUCUAAGGCUAAAAAAGGUAAAAAACGGAAAGAUAAGAAAACGCCUCAAAGUACCGGUGAUGAGGACAGCUCCAGUGUGUCUAGUGUGAGUGAAAGGGACAGAUCUGAUACCAGCGGUCAAAUCGGACGCCGCGUGGGUUCAGCAGCAGUAACAAUCAACAGAGAUGAAUACCUCCAAGCUUAUAGAGAUUUAGCUUUCGACCGUAAUCAAUUACUAAUAAAAAAUAGUCUACUGCACCGUCGACUUGCUGAGUACUACAGAAAGAGAAAGCUCGAACAUGUUUUGAAACCACUGGAAAAUGCACCGCAUUUUGAAGAAAAAUACCAGCAAAAAUUGUUUACUUAUCAAGAACUGAAAGAAAAGGAAGAAAUUGAGAUGGCAGACAUAAAAACAAAACUGAGUGCUGUUCAAGAGGAAUAUGAAAAAAAACUAGAACAAGCAGAGAAAAACUUUGACGACCUUCAAAGCUAUGAACGAACCACAGGCACUGGUCUAAUUUACUCUAAAAAGGGUAAACCUAUAGCCGAUAAGACCGUAGAACGUUUUCUGACAUUACAAAGGCGCAAGAGCGAACAGUCUUCAGCACUUUGUUUGAGAUACAUACGAGCUAGAAACGCUGUAACCGAGCUUGAAUCUAUCGUACGCAAAUUAGAAAUGAUCGCCCCGGGAUUGAAUGUAGCUCAAUACGAACAACUUCAAAUUGACAAACAAAAUUAUUUGUCCAAAAUAGAAGAAAGGGACGAUGAGCUUAUAAAAAAUCGAACCAACUGUACUGAACACAACCAAAUGCUUGCUCAUAUAAGAGAAAAGAUGCACCACACAGAUGAGGUCAUAGACUUUGCGGAGUGUGACUUAGGCGAUGCCGAAAUCGAACUCAUCAGGGCGCGAGAAGAUCUAGGGCAUAUUAAAAGUAAACGCGACAAACUCCGUUGGUCUCUGGAGGCGGAACGGAUAAAAGCCGGUUUGCUAACAAGGCGGGAUUUGUUGCGUGAUUAUCAGAACGCUGGUGACGAGGUGGUGAGACUGAGGGAGAAAAAGAAAAUUCUUGAAAAUCAAAUAAAAAAGACAACAGCACAGCUGAGGGAAGCAAGAAAACGUAUGUUACUAGAGACGUGUUCUGUCGAUAACACUGAAGACGCCCUUAUUGUUUGCCCAAAUUUUUAGAUAUACAUAUAUAGUUAUUUAUCACAUUUAAUAUUGACUUUACAUUGAAUAUAUUUUUAUUAUCAUUGAAAAUUAAUAAAUUGUUAUUUAUCUAUAUGUAUUUACAUUUUUUUUUCUACACAAAUUAAUUGUUUAUUUUAUUUCAUUUUUAGUUAUAUUUUUUCUCAUUGAAAUGUCUUUAGACAAGUUUUAUCGUCUAAUUUUAGUUCUUUUGUUAGAUUUGUAUCAUCGAUUUGAAAUCAUUUGGAGU